AUUAGUCCGGGCUCCCUGGGCCGCUCUUUCCGGGUGUGAACAGCUGACAUCUGCCCCGUGAAGCUGGUCUCUUGUCACAGCUGCCAGAAGCCCCAGGCUCGGGCACACAGAAACACCCAGCCUUGACCCAGCCCGCCCUCUGCACGGCACAGCGCAGGAGCCAGCCACCACACCCCGAGGCUCCAGGUGUCUCCAGCAGCUGCUGGCAGUAUGGCCGAGGCGUCUUCAGACCCUGAUGAGACAGACCUUGAGCAGAAGAUCCUCCAGGUGCUGAGGGGUGCUGGGUCCCCAGUGAGGACUGCGCAGCUGGUGAAGGAAUGCCAAGUGCCCAAGAAGAAACUCAACCAGACUCUCUACCGGAUGAUGAAAGAGUCCCGAGUGGCCCUCGCUGGCUCCGCCACAUGGCAGUUGGGCGGGCCUGGGACCGGACAGCUGGUCUCCACAGAGCUGGCUCUGGUCCGCAAUGCGGAGAGGCCCCGGCAGCUCACGGUUGCGGUUCCCCUGAAACCCGGCUGUCAGCUGAGUAGACAGCAGGAAGAGAUCUACAGGUUCCUGAAAGACUCGGGGCCCUCGAGGGCCCUGGUUGUCGCCAAGUCUCUGGGGCUGAAGACGGCAAAAGAAGUCAACCCAGACUUGUACGCCAUGAGAAACGAUCACCUUCUGAACUAUGACCAGAACUCAAACGUAUGGGCGGUUUAUCAGCCAGAAGAUUCUAGGGAAAGAAGUCAGGCCACCAAUAUCAUUUAUCAGCAAAAUCCAAUCAACAUGAUCCAUCAGGGCGGACCGAACAGCCACAUUUCCAUCGGGAACGCCACAGCCGUCCAGAUUGGGCAUGGGAACACCAUAAUGGGACCAGAGACCCAUGGGGACAACAGCUCCACGGCUUCCCCCUGGCUCCCUGCACCGGCACCAGCUGAUCCCUCAACGCAGGACCCCUUGGCUGCAUCCUGGGGGUCCCAGGACAUCCACUUAGAGAAGUCCGUCCUCAGACGGGUGCAGCUGGGACACGGCAACGAGAUGAGCCUUCACUACGCACCGGCCACAGGCCCCGCCCGCAGCCGCUCCGCCAGUGGCCUCUCUGUCAGCCCCCCAGUCUCUGCCAACACCGCUGACCCGGAAGCUUCCUUUGAAAUUCGCAUGCCCCCACCCGGACCUCGGACUGAGGGGGACGGGGUCGUGACCCAGAGAGUCCUCAUAAAGUCCUGCUUCCUGGAGGACGCCACCAUCGGCAACAGCAACAGGAUGCGCAUCAGCCCCCCGGGGAAGGCUGGCCCAGGAGGAGGGGCAGGGCCGGAGGACGGCAGCGGGGGCUCCGGGGAGCCGGCCGGGGAGCCAGCCGGGGAGCCAGCCAGGGAGCCGGCAGAGGAUGAAGAGACGGGGCGGCUUACGCAUCUGUCCGGCGCUGUCUCUUCCCCAGCUCCUCGGCCUGAAGAUGCAGAGCCCAGAGGCCAGGCCCCUCUCGAGGGUCGUCAGGCCGGCCCCGACGUGGACACCAUCACUGCCCGCCUGGAAGCCAUGACCGUUGGAAGCAGGGACCCAGAAGCCACAGGAGAUGGCCCCUCGGUGGACUGACCCAGCACGGGGCCCUGGGGGAGGUGGGGCCGGGGGACAGGGCUCGAGGAUGGACACACUCCGACAGAGGUGGGCGGGAGCCAGCGGGGCCCGAGAGCCCUUGCACUGUACUGUGGGUCGUGCCCCAUAAACACGCUGCUCUUGACCUUCUUGCCUCCUGACCUGCGGCCGGCAUGAGUCAGCGGGUGGUGGGCUGGGCCAGGGCUGGGUCGGCCGUGGCCAAGAGCAGAAUGACAGGGCGACCCCUGGGCCCCUUGGGGUGCCGAGAGGAGGUGGGCUGAUGGGAGGGGUGCUCAGACAGCCCUCAGGGCCCAGGCUGAACCCCCACAGAAGCGAUUUUCCCAAACCACCACGAUCUGCUCACAAAGGCCGUUCCAUUCCCUCCUCCGAGCCUCCCCACGGGUCUCAGGUGAGCACAGACAGGACUCCGCACCUGUGGGGACUCAGCGGACAGGUGACAUUAGAGACUGAGCAAGAAACAGAGUCUAGGGAGUAAUUCAGGAGCAUUGGGGCUGCAAGUGGCUGAAACCCGCCUCACCCGGGCUUAGAAAAGGGACUCUAUUCUCUCAUGCCUUUGGAAAACCAAGGGAUGCCUCGCUCGAUCCGGGUACCCCUUGGUUUGGCUGGAUCCCGGGGCUCACGCGUUAUUUCUAGGCCCCUUUCUGUCCAUCUCUCUGACUCUCUCUCUCUCUCUGUGGUCCCCAGUCGCCCAAAGCUAUGGCCUGCCCACUCAGCAACCCAGCAGAAAGAGAACGCUUCAAACCAAACCCUGCUGGAGACUUGGCCCAGGGAGAAUUCCGAUUGGUCGAGCAUGGGUCCCAUGCGGAUCCUGGAGCCAAUCAGGGAGAGCAGAGUGCUUUGAUGGACUGCUGUGGUGGGCGGAGCGAA